GAAUUUGAUGUACUAAUGGAGUCUAAGGGUGGCAAGAAGUCUAGCAGUAGUCGUUCCAUGAUGUAUGAAGCUCCCCUUGGCUACAGCAUUGAGGACGUUCGACCUGCUGGAGGAGUGAAGAAGUUCCAGUCUGCUGCUUACUCCAACUGCGCGAAGAAGCCAUCCUGAUAUCGCUUUCGUGCUUCCCCAACCUAGUAGUUUAGGAUUUCUUUUCUAACGCUUUGAUUCUGACCAAUCUCUCUGGCCUGCUGCUUCCUGAUAAUCGACCAGUUCCCCAGUCUUGCUCCCUGCACUCCUCCCUUCUCCAUCUCCGGCAUUGUGUUCUGACUCACCUGCUCCAAUGGCUGUCCUUUCUGCUGCUGACGCUCCCCCGGUCUCAGCGAUCGGGUUUGAGGGCUAUGAGAAGCGCCUUGAGAUCACCUUCUCUGAGGCGCCUGUCUUUGUUGACCCUCAUGGGCGUGGUUUGCGUACCCUCUCUAGGGCCCAGAUUGAUUCUGUUCUGGAUCUUGCACGGUGCACCAUUGUGUCCGAGCUCUCCAACAAGGAUUUUGACUCCUAUGUCCUCUCUGAGUCAAGCCUGUUUAUCUAUCCUCUGAAGAUUGUCAUAAAGACCUGUGGGACUACCAAGCUUCUGCUGACCAUUCCAAGGAUUCUUGAGCUUGCUGAAGAGCUGUCUAUGCCGCUUGCUGCUGUGAAGUACUCCCGUGGGAUGUUCAUCUUCCCCAGUGCUCAGCCAGCCCCACACAGGAGCUUCUCUGAGGAGGUUGCUGCCCUUAACCGCUACUUUGGCGGCCUGAAGUCUGGUGGUAAUGCUUAUGUGAUUGGAGAUCCGGCAAGACCUGGACAGAAGUGGCACAUCUACUACGCCACUGAGUACCCAGAGCAACCCAUGGUUAACCUUGAGAUGUGCAUGACUGGUCUGGACAAGAAGAAAGCUUCAGUCUUUUUCAAGACUUCUGCUGAUGGCCACACAACAUGUGCCAAGGAAAUGACCCAGCUCUCUGGUAUAUCUGAAGUUAUUCCUGAGAUGGAGAUCUGUGAUUUUGACUUUGAACCCUGCGGCUACUCCAUGAAUGCGAUCCAUGACUCUGCUUUCUCCACCAUUCAUGUGACCCCUGAGGAUGGUUUCAGCUAUGCAAGCUAUGAAGUUAUGGGCUUCGACGCCACUGCACUUGCCUACGGCGAUCUCGUCAAGAGGGUUCUCAGGUGCUUUGGCCCUUCGGAAUUCUCUGUUGCUGUGACCAUCUUUGGCGGGCGUGGCCAAGCUGCGACGUGGGGCAAGAAGCUUGAUGCUGAUGUUUAUGACUGCAACAACAUGGUAGAGCAAGAGCUGCCCGGCGGUGGCCUACUCAUCUACCAGAGCUUUUCUGCUGCUGAAUACGCUGUUGUUGGCUCGCCAAAAUCUGUUCUUCAUUGCUUCGAGCGCGAGAAUAUGGAGAAUGCUGCUCCUGUGAAGGACGGCAAACUGGCUAAUCUUCUCUGCUGGGAGGAAGAGGAUACCAUGGAGGAGAAGGACGGAGUGCUUGUCGAGUAAGACCGGGCUUCUGGUGUCGAUUUGCUGCUGAGUUGUUUUUUUUAUGUGUUGCGAUUGUCGUUUGGUUAUUGUGUGAAGCAGCCAAGCCAGGCUAUCUAGUAUGAAAAUGAUCGUUUGUAAGCAUGGGUUCUGAUGUUGCCGCAUGCUAAUGAUGAAUCUGAAUAAGUAUACAGCUCUAGGUGGUCAGCUGCGUCUACCACAAUGAGCGUAUGUAUGGAGAAAUGUCUGUCAAAGCAUUUUAUGAAUAAUAAUUAUUUGAUUUA